AUGAUACGUUGUGUGUUAUCUUUAGAUUUGAAACCAAAAAGAAGGAAAAUAAAACCUGUUGUCUACACCAGAAAUUUACCAACGUUAUCAAAAGAUGAUGCUAGUUAUUGGGAAAACAAAUUUAUGAAAGCUGUUACUGCGUCUACCGUAGUUCAAAAUCAAUAUGAUAAAUUAGAAAUAGAAUUACAAGAGCUUAUGAAGCAGUUGCCACGUGAAAAGAAACAGCCAAUUAACUAUAUCAACGAGGAAACAAAAGACCUAGCUCCCAAAAAACGUUUGCGCUGUUUUACCCGAGUCUCCAUGACAACACGUGCAGACAACAGUGCAUUUCAAGCCUGU